CAAAUUUAGGUGCUGCAUAAUAGAGCCCAAUUAUAGCUGGAACCGGCCGACAAACUUUAACCGCCUUCGGCUAUGGCGGAGCUGCUUAGUAACUGUACAAGUGACGAUCAUCGUCAUCGCCGAACAACCGAUGACAUUGAUACACGAAGUGGCUUCUGUCAAUCCAACUCAACCUUCUACAGCAAACGUAAGCCCUUCUCUUUACCCCCAAACCAAGCUCUUGAUGUCACCACGUUCAUUUCCUCCCACCGCCAUCGACACCAAAACAACGGCGUCGCCUUCAUUGAUGCUUCUACCGGGCGGAGACUCAGCUUCACUCAAGUCUGGAAUGCCGUGGAGUCCGUCGCCACGUGUCUCUCUAUGGACAUGGGAAUCCGGAAAGGCCACGUCGUCCUCAUCCUCUCCCCAAACUCCAUCUUCUUCCCCGUCGUUUGUCUCUCCGUAAUGUCCCUUGGCGCCGUCAUCACCACCGCCAACCCGCUUAACACCGCCGGAGAAUUAGCCAGACAAAUAACCGAUUCCGAAACUGCCCUCAUAUUCACAAUCCCGGAACUCCUUCACAAACUCCCUGCCCAACACGUUGACCGCGGUAAUAUCCCCAUAGUUCUUAUGCAAAAUACCGACAUUGCCCAUGGGGAUGCCCCUAGAAUAUUGAUGAGACAUGUCCAUGCAAAUACUUUGGAAGAGAUGAUGAAGAUGGAGCAACGUCACGUUAGAGUCAAAGAGCGCGUGAUGCAAGACGACCCGGCAGCCUUACUGUAUUCUUCCGGCACCACCGGUGUAAGCAAAGGCGUGGUCUCUUCCCACCGCAACCUCCUUGCCCUUAUUGGUAAUGUGGAGGGUCGUGUGAGAAUGGAAGAAGAAAACCAAAUCUACAUGGCCACGAUCCCAAUGUUUCACACUUUUGGUUUCACAAAAUACGUUCUAAUGCUUCUGGCAAACGGAUUCACCGCUGUUGUUUUGUCGAGGUACGGAAUGGACGAAGUUCUGUCCGCCGUCGAGAAAUUCAACAUCACGUAUUUACCGUUAGUGCCGCCUAUCCUAGUCGACAUGGUCAACGGCUCCGACUUGAUCAAGAAGAAAUAUGACUUGAAGAGUUUAAGGUAUGUAUUAUCCGGCGGAGCGCCGCUGAGCAAGGAGGUGAUGCGGGCGUUCCGGGACAAGUACCCUCAGGUUAAUGUUUUGGUAGGAUAUGCUUUGACCGAGUCAAACGGAGCUGGGGCUUCCACUGACUCGCUGGAGGAAUGCCGGCGGUUUGGAUCGGUGGGGAUGUUGACGCCCAACACGGAGGCGAAGAUUGUGGAUACUCAGACCGGGGAGGGGCUGCCGGUAAACUGGCCCGGUGAGCUUUGGCUUCGUGGACCGUCCAUUAUGCAAGGGUAUUAUAAGAAGAAAGAAGCAACAGAAAGUACAUUGACUUCAGAUGGAUGGUUGAAAACUGGAGAUCUAUGCUAUAUAGACGAUGAUGGGUUCCUUUUCAUCGUUGAUAGAUUGAAAGAGCUUAUCAAGUACAAGGGUUUCCAGGUUGCUCCAGCAGAAUUGGAGGCCUUGUUAACUACCAUUCCGGGAAUCACCGAGGCUGCUGUUAUACCGGUUCCUGAUGACAAAGUUGGCCAAUAUCCAAUGGCAUUUAUAGUGCGAAAGAGUGGAAGUUCCGUCACGGAAACACAAGUGAUGGAUUUCGUCGCUAAACAGGUAGCUCCUUACAAAAAAAUCCGGCGGGUGGCUUUUGUGGCAUCGGUACCGAAGACUCCCUCCGGCAAGAUUCUUAGGAGGGAACUUAUUAAACUCGCUUCUUCAAAUUUAUGAACCUUAAGUAAUUUACUCAAGUUUCCCCUCUAUUUAUGAGAAAAUUACAGUACUUUAGUUUUUUUUUUUUCUUAAAUUGGAAAAUGCAUGUAUGGUAGGAGUAAUUAUGAUAUUCGUAAUAAAAAUGUUGUUGAAUCUAGAAAAUACAUUAGUUCUUUUUUUCUUAAAGAAAAAGAAAAAUAUUUUUUCCUUUGGAAAAUGAUAAAGUAAGGUCGUAUUAGGCCCAGAACUGAAACCUUAAAAGCCCGUAUAAAUUUUAUGAAGGUCCCAUUAGACUUGGACUGAAGACCCAUAUAUAAUUGACAACUCACAAAAUGUUUAAC